AAGAAGCAGUGUAUGUAAUCUGUCUUUUUUUAAGUAAAGUUUCUGUUUGGUUAGGGGGUUUAAAGUAGCAGUUGAGACCGUUGUUCUUUUGGAGCUUUGUUACUGAGUCUGUGUUCUGAAGAUGCAUCUGGAAAUUGAGGCUGCUGUCAACUUUCUAAUGAAAAUUCUAAGCCUGAAAAAGACCCUGGCUCCUGAUCAACUGGUUCUUCUGGGGAAGAACCUUUUGGGCCUACUGAGGCAUAGAUACAAAGGACACUGGUACCCAGACAGUCCUGCUAGAGGCCAAGCCUACAGGUGUGUCCGCAUUAAUCCCUGGCAAUAUGUGGAUGAGUCGCUGCUUCAGGCCUGCACACAGUGUGAUAUUGACUACUCAAGAAUUGGGCUCCCUAAAGAAAUCACUCUAUGGAUUGAUCCAUUUGAAGUUUGUGGAAGGUUUGGCGAACACACAGACUUCUUCACAAUAGCUAUCUUCAAACAUGAUGUAGUGAGAGAGCCAGCACAAUAUUAUCCACAACCUGAGACCUCAGACUAUUCUUCAGAGGACCCUUCUUCAGAGUCUGUUUCGGAGACAUCUGAUGAUGAGAUCUCUGAAGAAAAGUCCACCAUUGCCAAAAAAAUAUGUACGCUUCCACCCAACUGCAAGAGUCCGGAUGAAGCCAUUGAAUGCCAUUCAACAUCUAAUGCUGGCACACCAUUCAAUGAACUUAUGGAAAUUGAGACAGAACAUAUGAGCUUGAGCAUGGAUGGAAGUGUUGCAAAAGAGGACAAGCAGGAGACCCUCAAUUAGAAAGCUCCUCAAAUAGACUGCCACAAUCUGAUGACCAACUGCAUGCUCUUACAAUAAAUGAGCCAAACCCCAACACAAUCAUGACUAACCCUGCUAUGCACUACAGCAGACUUGGGUCUUGUCACUCAAUAGUUCCUUUAAAGAAGUCUAUGGGUUAUGGGGCCUUUGAUAAGGAGCCAUAUUGUUGUAAUUUAGCCAUGCCCUGACUACUCAUUCGGAGAGAACUUGCUUCUACGAUAUCGAAGUGUCUGAUCUUGUAGCUGCUGUUGGUCAGAAACUACCCUACGUUACACUCUGUACAACUUGCACUUCAAACAAACUCUUCAUAACUGUGAAUGGAGGCUCUUCUGCCUCACUGAGGAUCGGAAGCCUACCAUGGAUAAAUGUUCUUCUGUUAAUCAAUGUGCUAGAAAGUUACCAGGGCUCUUAUGUUCAUGUGCAUUACAAACUCUAUCUGUGAUUUUUAUAUAUAUCAGCAAUGUAGUCUUCAGGAUGUAAAUUUGUUAGCCGUUCUACCAGUUGAUCGAUAAAUUUAUUUUCCUGAAAA